UUGUCAAACUGACUCCGGCAUCGUCCGACAGUCAUUGAGCUGAAAUUCAUUGCGUGGACGAAUGCAUAUAUCAUUCUGCCAUGACUCUCCCGCAAUGACGGACUUCUUGCUGCCAGUGGAGAGGACCCUGACCGAGGUUUUGGGAGAGCAUCCGGGCGAGCUGACACAGACGGGAAGUCCAAACUUCGUCUGCUCCGUUCUGCCCUGCCAUUGGAGGUCCAACAAGACUUUACCGGUGGCCUUCAAGCUGGUGGCCCUGGGUGAGGUGUCCGAUGGCACCCUAGUAACCAUCAGGGCAGGCAACGAUGAGAAUUACUGCGGUGAACUGCGUAACUCCACGGCGGUUAUGAAGAAUCAAGUGGCCAAGUUUAACGAUUUGAGAUUCGUGGGAAGGAGCGGAAGAGGCAAGAGUUUCACCCUGACGAUCACGGUCAGCACCAACCCCCCUCAAGUGACCACCUACGCCAAAGCCAUCAAAGUCACCGUAGACGGGCCUAGAGAACCUAGAAGUAAGACCAGACAACAGCAACAACUUCGAGCUUUGGCCUCGGCCUUUGGCCAUCGUUCGACCUACCUAGGCGAUCCCCUGCGGGACUGGGACUUUCGCAGGAAAGCAGCGGAGCAAUGGGCCACGGACGUACACAGGAGACAAGAUGCCAACCAAGUGCUGGGUCUACCUUUACCCGAACUGUUCUGGAGCCCUUAUGUCACGCCCUACUCGUUCUAUCAGACCGCCAACUAUAUACGAGGGGGAGGAUAUUUGCCCUCCUUGGCCUACCACUUGGAUCACCUUCUACCCUCCACCAGACUCGAUUCCUCUACAGACGACCCCACUACCUCUACUCAUGGAGAUUAUUCAGAGAUGUGCGGAGUGGUAUCGGCUUCCCACGGUGAGAAAGUAGAGGAUAGACGUUCUAGCGAAGAAUCCUGUCAACAAACGUUAAAUUUAUGGACCUGUCCUUAUCUGCUAACCACACGGAUGCUAGAGGGACGGCGAAUGUAUCUGAAAUCGGCGCAUCCCUGAGGAUACUUCACCCAUUUUUUCGAGUAAAUCUUGUUUUAAAAUGUUUAUAUCGCGAGUUAAUCUGUUUUUAACUAUGUUUAACAUCCAAUUUUAUUUUAUCAUUGAAACGUUCUCCGACAGUCGGAGGGGGUGGUCGCGCACUGGUGGCGCCAUCUGGGUGUUGAAAAAGACACUUAACGUUCUCUAAACAUCUUGUUUUUAUCGCCUACCUAAUAAGAAGGAGAAAAAGAAUGAAAACUAAGGGGAAGAAAGGACUUAUCGAGAGAUAAAAAUGGAAGCAGAAGGGUCCAAUUCGACUCGAAUUUUCGUUAGGUGCUGGGUGUACCUAUAGUGUCGCCAUCUCGUGUUAUUUACUGAAAGAACUGCUCCGUCCUCCAUACUGCUUCGUUUCUAUGACUCGCAACUGAAAACAGUUGCAUUUUCAUCAAUUUUUAUCAUCCGCCGAACUCUUUUUUUUUUAUCCCGAAAAACUUUCAGAGAGAAGAAAAAGAAUAAGAAGAGAAGAAGAAGAAAAAAAACAAACAAUACUUAAUUAAAUUUUACUUUUAUCCAAAAAGAAACCUUUGACUAACCGAACAUUUUGCUUCUUUUAUGUUAAAAUCCUUUGCUUCUUUGUUUUCAGAAAUAAAAUUAGGGAAACAUUUGCAAAUGCUAAUUGCAGAAAGACGACUUGUUUGUUCUACUAUUUCAAUAGACAACAGCUCUUUUUCUAAAUGUAGAAAACGUCUGAAAUUAAAUGCAAUUUUUUUUAUUUUA